AUGGGAUCCUCACUCGACCACCGCCGGCAUCGUCUUACGCCAUCCUUUGCGGAUUCUGCUAUCGACCUUGAUCCAUCCGAGAACCGCCAUCAACUAUCCGGUCAAGACAGCCGGGAAAAGACACUUGGCGACCGUCUCAACAGACUAGCUCUGUUGGCAGCAAAGCGCAACGACAUCUCCGAACAUGAUUCCGGCACCAUCGGAAACUGCCUCGACACUCUCGAAUCCCUCCUCGAUCCACGCCAUGAGCUGACGCGGGAGAUUGCUCGGCAUCGACCGCGAAGCUCACACUCCAGUCCGUCCACUCCAGCGGUUGGCUCACGAGCGAGCAACAACUCAGCUGCACGCCCUGGUGUGGACCCCGCUGUCGACAGCAGCCACCGCCAGCUUGAAGCCUUGCUGAAGGAGUUGACGGCCGUCAAUGCCCAGCUACAGCAGCGUCGAGCGGAGUCCCGCCAUCUGCACGGUCUCUUCAUCCAGAAAUGCGAGGGUCUAGCCCAAAGAAUACUCCACCUCGAGGAUGAGAUCCAGAAUCUACAUUCAGACAUCCUCGAAGAUACGAUCGAGCUAGAAGGCCUCAGAGGCACAGUUCGUGGACUGGAGAGUUGGGUCGGGCGAUGGCAAAGAGAACGUGCAGCGAAGGAAGCUCAGGAUGCCGGCAAUAAGAGCUCCAAGAAGAGUCCGUGGAAGCGAAAAAAGCAUGCCCAUAAUAUUGGCGACAACGAAAACGAUACCGACACGCUCAUCGACGGAAUCACUGCGUGGAUGCGAGGUUGGAAAGACAUCGAGGAAGGAUUUCAUGUCCGGGCCCGGAGACGUCAGGCGAGGAGAGACCAACGCCGGCAAAGACAAAACGACUCAUCCACAACAGAUGAUAGUUCCACCACUAGUCAACCGGGCCGCGAGAGCCAGGCAGAUUGAUCCCAUAGACAAAAUGAAGCAGAGCCUGACCAUCAAUCAACUAGCGGCCCUCCCUAAGAAGAGGUUCGAAUCAAACGAAAUCUGACGCCUUGGAUUUUUGAAAACCGGUGACCAGCCGCGGAAAGGCGGAAAAAAUAAAACCAGAAGGCAAGUGUUUCACGUCACGCCUACUCAGAAAUGGCCAAAGAAAAAAGAGUAUACCCCAUUCACCAUACCAUCCUGCUCCCCGUUCCCUUGCACCCAGCGCGUAUCCUGGGGCGCCGCCCAGGUGUUACUCCAAGUGCAAGCGCAAAAGAAAACCGGUAAAGUGGUAUCAUCCCAAAAAGAAAAGUCGACCUGACCGAAACCCACUGAGUAUGCGAUAAA